CGAGCCCCGGGAGAGGCUCUCUCCCUCCCUCCCUCCCGGCUCUCUAUGGUCGGGGCGCGGGGCGGGGCUCCCGUUUGUUCCUCCCGGCUCGGCUGGGCGAGCAUCGCCCACCCCAGCCUCCCCCGCGGCCGCGGCCGGGAUGUGGCGGCUCCCCCGCAGGAUCUAAGGUGACUAUGGAGAUCAGUGGUCUCCCGGUGGAGUUGUGGCGCCUGAUUUUAUCCUACUUGCGUCUGCCUGACCUUGGCCGCUGCAGUCUAGUUUGCCGAGCUUGGUACGAGCUGAUCCUCAGUUUGGAUAACACCCGAUGGCGCCAGCUGUGCCUAGGCUGCAUUGAAUGCAGACACCCGAACUGGCCCAACCAGCCCCAUGUGGAGCCCCAGUCCUGGCGGGAAGCCUUCAAACAGCACUACGUCGCCUCAAAAACCUGGACCAAAAACACCCAGGACUUUGAGUCCUCCCACUGCUUCUACUUGUUCCGAAGGAAGAAGGACCGUCGUGUCCUCCACGUGGGGCAGGGCUGCGAGUUCGAUACCCUCCGAGCCGGCUUGGCCUCGGCCGACGUCUACGACCGGAUUGUGCUGCUGCCGGGGGUAUACGAAGAGCAGAGUGAGAUCAUCCUCAAGGUGCCAGUGGAGAUCAUGGGGCAGGGGAAGCUAGGAGAUGUGGCCCUGCUGGUCAGCAUUGAUCAGCACUGCCCAACCACUCGCCUGUGCAACGUGGUCUUUAUGCCAGCCUGGUUCACCCCCGUUGUGUACAAGACAACCUCUGGCCACGUCCAGUUUGACAACUGCAACUUUGAGAAUGGGCAGCUGCAGAUCCACGCCCCGGGGACAUGCCAGGUGAAGUUCUGCACCUUCAAUCAGUCCAGCAUCCAUUUCCACAGCGUGGCCCUUGGGGUCCUGGAAAACUGUGAGUUCACUGGCAGCGAAAAUGCCUCUGUCACCAUAGAGGGCAUCCCUUCCUCUGAGAGGAACUGGGCCUGCAAACACCUAACCACACUGGCCAAGUCUCACUGCGUGUUACAGGCGUCAGACCCUGCGCUUUGCAACGCGUCGAAGUGGGGCGGCUGGGGCGGUCUGCCAACAAGGAACUUAAGGACCUGUGAGAUCGUGGUGGGUGGGGACCAAAAUAAUUUACUUCCUGAUUCCAAGACUCAGCUGGUGCUUGAAAAAGCAGGUGAGAAAGAGGCUGAAGUCAAUGGCAAACUUUAUAUAGCAAAGGAGGGGGAAGCCAUGACCCUGGAGACAGACUCUAGUGACGGUGAGCUGAGCACGAGCAGCGAGAAUGAGGAAGACGACCGGUCAAUGUACAAACUGUCCUAUCGGGCCCAUGGUCUGAGCCACAUGCUGGCCCACAUGAUCCACAGCAGGCCGCAAACCGAUGGACUCACCGCCCUGCAGAGGGACCUGGAGCUCAAAACUCUGCAGCAGGAGCUGCAGAGGGACAAGGAGGCCCAGUCUCUCGCCAGCUCUCUGCAAGGAUGCCUCAUUCGGAAGUGCCUAUUCAGGGAUGGGAAAGGUGGGGUCUUUGUCUGCUCGCAAGGGCGAGCCAAGCUGGAAGGGAGCGUCUUCAGGGAGCUGACCUAUGCUGUGCGGUGCAUACAGAACAGCAAGAUCAUCAUGCUGAAGAAUGACAUUCACCACUGCAGAGCAUCAGGGAUAUUUCUGCGCUUGGCAGCUGGAGGUCUGAUUGCAGACAAUAACAUCCAUUCAAACUGCGAGGCGGGGGUGGAUAUCCGGAAGGGAGCCAACCCUUUGAUACUGUGUAAUAAGAUACACAGUGGCCUUCGCUCAGGCAUCGUUGUCCUUGGCAACGGAAAAGGCAUCAUCCGUAGCAAUCAGAUCUACAGGAAUAAAGAAGCUGGCAUUUAUAUUCUGUAUAAUGGCAACCCCAUUGUGAGUGGGAACCAUAUAUUCCAGGGGCUUGCAGCUGGUAUAGCAGUGAAUGAGAAUGGAAGAGGCCAAAUAAUAGAAAAUGUCAUUCGUGAGAACCAGUGGGGAGGGGCGGACAUCCGGCGUGGGGGUGACCCUGUCCUUAGGAGCAACCUGAUCUGCUGUGGCUACUCGGAUGGAGUGGUAGUGGGAGAGAGAGGCAAGGGGCUCAUCGAAGGAAACACCAUAUAUGGUAACAAGGGCUGUGGCGUAUGGAUAAUGUCAUCCAGUCUCCCUCACAUCACAAACAAUCGAAUUUGCCACAACAGCAUCUACGGGGUGGCCGUGUUUUGCCGCAAAGAUGAUGCCAAUGACUAUCUCGCCAACCAAGGCGGCAACGAGAACUUCAACGACGAGGGUGAAGCCGCCAGCUGGGAGAACGAUUUGGACAGUGAGGACGAGCGCUUCACCUCCCGACGGCCCAUCAGCGUGGCACUGGUGGAGUCCAACAGCAUCAAUCACAAUGGAGCCGCUGGCUUGUACGUCAAGAGCAGCGAAGCACUUAACAUCAUAGCCAACGCCAUCCAUGCCAACCACGACAGCGGGGUUGCUGUGUUACAGAGCAGCCAGCUCACACGAAUCGCCAACAACAGCAUCUCCUGCAACAGCCUCGGGGGGGUGCUGAUCGAAAGCGAGGCCAGAGUAGAGCUACGUGGCAAUGGCAUUUAUGACAACAGCAGCCACGGCAUCACCUCCAAGGGCGACGGGGUCGUCAUUGAGAACGACAUCAUAGGCAACCGGGGAUGUGGCCUCCGGUUGUUACAGACUGCGGACAUGAAGGUAACCAAGAACAGGAUCCAGUCCUUUUGGGAUUAUGGGAUUGUUAUGCUUGAUCAAACCAAAGGCCUGGUGCAGGAGAACCUGAUUUUUCAAGGGAGGACCAAGAAGACCAUUUUGCAGCAGGUGUCGAAUGCAGAAGAUUGUAUUGUGCAGAACAACAAACUCCUCACCUUCAAGAGCAAGUCUGACGUUGCCUGGACCCUGGAGAACCCUCCAGCACGACCUCACAUCGAAGGAUCCACCCGAGGAAACUCCUCGGCCACAAACAGUCAUAAAGUUACCACCAUGUCAACCAGGAUAGCUGCACAGAUGGACGGAGGCUGCCACAACAAUGGGAGCAUCUUCUGCACUAUUCUUUGACUCGUGUGAGUUUCUUCACCUUUCUCUUAGGCUUGUGCCACUGCAGAGACCAAGCUGGGAAGGGUCUCUUGUGCCCAUUCGUUGCAAGAAGCUUUCAGUGCGAGCUCUUCAUUUUAACUCCUCCUUCUUUUAUCACUUUGGGAUAUUGCCACUCACGAAACAUGUUACACACUAAAUCAACAGUGACAGGAGCACAUUGCCAUCGGCUUUUCGUUUCUCCUUCUUUGAGUCAUUCUACCAAUCUUAUAGCAAUUGCCAAGCAAAUCAGUCACCUUGGAUAGAUCACAAUAAUGCCAGAGUCUAGCCACUUAGUGGCCUAGAAAAGGAACUUGGAAUGAAUUUUACUUUCCUGCCAGGAACUGGAACUGUUUCAGCCCAAAGGAAAGGCAGAGGCAAACUGAAAGGAGCAUUGCAGUUGCAUGAAGCCGUAGACUGACUUCAAGCCCUUCAACUGGCAGGGCAAAAAAAUAAACAGCAACAAAAACACCACUCAAAGUUCAGUUACAAGCAGGCAGACUUGUGGCACCUUAGAGACUAACAAAUUUAUUAGAGCAUAAGCUUUUGUGAGCUACAGCCCACUUCAUCGGAUGCAUUUGGUGGGAAAAACAGAGGGGAGAUUGAUAUACACAC